AGCGACGAUCGUGCCAUGGAGUGCUGGCGCUUGCUUUGCUGCUGCUUCCCGUCGGCCCCGAUGAAGGUUCCUGCCAAGCCAGCGGCGCCGCCGGUCGCGACCUUCGCUACCGAGGAAGACCCAGAAGAGAGGAAGCGGCGGGCCAUGGCGCAGAGCCGCGGGCGUCGGCCGUCGGUCAGCUCGGGAAGUCUCCAGGAUGCGAAGACCAGCUCGAAGAAGUUUGUACCGAAGUCCGACGACGCCAUUGAGCGCAUCAAGCGGGCGGUCGCUGGCAAUUUCAUGUUCAAUUCGCUCGACACGGACCAGCAGCGCGACGUCAUCAGCGCCAUGGAGGAGAAGGUCGUGCGCCUUGGCGACGCUGUCAUCAAGCAGGGCGACGAAGGCGACUUCUUCUACGUUGUUGACGAGGGCGAAUUUGAUGUCUAUACGCACAAGAGCCCAGAAGCGCCCGUCUUCCACUACACGAAAGGCAACACGUUUGGCGAGCUGGCUCUUAUGUACAACAGCCCGCGCGCGGCCACGGUCGUUGCGACAACGGACGCCGUUCUUUGGGCACUGGACCGCGAUACCUUUCGUCGUAUCAUCGUCACAGCGAGCAAGUUGCGAUCGCAGAAAUAUGAGUCACUGCUCGUGGGCAUGGAGCUCAUGUCGCACUUGACGAACGCCGAGGUGUCGGUCAUCGCAGACGCGCUCCAGCCUGCCGCGUACCGCGCCGGCGACACCAUCAUCCAUCAAGGCGACGAGGACUACAAUGCGUUCCAUUUCUACAUCCUCAUGGAUGGCGAGUGCAAUUUUGUGUACACGGACGACGAUGGCAAGAGCUCGGUCGUUGGCUCGGUCGGGCCCUGCGGCUACUUUGGCGAGAAGGCACUCACGGAAAAGUCGAAGCGGGCGGUGAGCGUCGUCGCGGCGACCGACGUCACGUGCUUGUCGAUGGACGUGGCGACGUUUGAGCGCCUCAUGGGUCCCUUCCAGGACAUCUUUUCACGCCAAAUCACGAGCUAUGCGAAUGCCAGCGACGUCCACUCGGAACUGCAGAGCGCGCGGACCGAUCUGUAGUCGUAUCUAGUAUAUUUCCAGUGUCGUCGGACGUAAGAAUCACCUCAUCUUCUCUUCGUGUUUACAGACCAG